GGAGAGCCGGAGCAAGAUGGAGGCCGCGCAGAGGACGCCGCCUGGGCCACGGCAACCGCUGUCAGGAGCAUCGAGCCCCGGAGCUUGAGCCCUGCCGGUCCCGGAUCAGCCGCCCCGACUCGGCCCAGCUCCCGCCCCGCAUCCCGGUGGUCAGUCCUGGGCCGGCGGCCCCCUGUCAGCCGCCGCCGCCGGCCCCGCCCCCGGGCACCAUGCUGCCCUCGCAGGAGGCCUCCAAGCUCUACCAUGAGCACUACAUGCGGAACUCGCGGGCUAUCGGCGUGCUGUGGGCCAUCUUCACCAUCUGCUUCGCCAUCAUCAACGUGGUGGUCUUCAUCCAGCCCUACUGGGUAGGCGACAGCGUGAGCACUCCCAAGCCUGGCUACUUCGGCCUCUUCCACUACUGCGUGGGCAGCGGGCUAGCGGGCCGCGAGCUCACCUGCCGGGGUUCUUUCACCGACUUCAGCACCAUCCCGUCCAGCGCCUUCAAGGCGGCCGCCUUCUUCGUGUUGCUUUCCAUGGUGCUGAUUCUCGGCUGCAUCACCUGCUUCGCUCUUUUCUUCUUCUGCAACACCGCCACUGUCUACAAGAUCUGCGCCUGGAUGCAGCUCCUGGCAGCCCUGUGCCUCGUCUUGGGCUGCAUGAUCUUCCCUGAUGGCUGGGAUGCUGAGACCAUCCGGGACAUGUGCGGGGCCAAGACGGGGAAGUACUCCCUGGGGGACUGUUCGGUGCGCUGGGCGUACAUUCUGGCCAUCAUCGGCAUCCUCAACGCGCUCAUCCUGUCCUUCCUCGCCUUCGUGCUGGGCAACCGGCAGACGGACCUGCUGCAGGAGGAGCUCAAACAGGAGAACAAAGAUUUUGUGGGCACUACAGUAAGUUCCGUGCUGCGGCCAGGAGGUGAUGUCUCCGGUUGGGGAGUCCUACCAUGCCCUGUUGCUCACACACAGGGACCCUGAAAGCCCGGGUUGUAGUUCCGGAGUUGGCCUGACCUCAGCAUAUCCUGUCUGCUGCCCUCUCAUUCCUGCGUUCACGCUCCAGACCCACAUCUUGAACCGACUGCACACGGACCUCCGGGCUCUGAAGAGAGGCAGGGGCUGGGUGGCAGCCUGGCAGAAGGCAGAGGCCCUUGAGAUCCGGAGAGAGCCCGAUUCUGGCCCUGCCUCCGUUGGACCUAGUGGAGCCUGGGUCGCCCUAUCUGGUCCCGCGGUUUCCUUCCCUCCUGUGUAGACUAGCUGGAGGUCCCCGAGGAGACCCAGGGAAAGGAGGCUCUGCAGUGCAAGCUCCUUGGACCCCUUCAAUCUGGAGGACUGGCUGCCGCGUCCUUGCCUGUCAGUCCUCAUCUCCUAAAGAGACUUACUCAAGACACUGCCCCAGGAGGGCCAGACUCUUUCCUACUUUAUUUUUAUUUGCUGAUGAUGGUCCCACCACAUCUGCCACAAAGCUCCAGGUGCCACCAGCCCCCCAAUGGGGCCUCCUCUGCCUCCCUCCUUCAAGUCUGCACCCAGCUCUCAAAGGAAUCUGAGCCGUGCUGAGGGAGAAAAGAUAGGGUCUUCCUUCCCGCUGCUGGUAGUCCCUCAUCACCUCAGAGUCUGAGGGGGAGACACGGGCUCUGAAGGCUGUGGGAGGAGGCAGCGGCUGGAGUUUGCCAACAUCCCAGCCUGGGCUUGGCCUGGCCUCUUCCCUACAGGGAUAUCUCCUCAAGCCUGGCCUGUUUUGUACAGCAUAGACUUCUCAGGCCCAUUGUCAGGGUUGGUGGCUGUGGAGAGGGGGCACAGAGGUGGGGACUUAGGGGAUAGCCCUCUCCUUCUCAUGCUUCCUACACCCUGGACAUCUGCCAAGGGCAGAGACUGUCUUGCGUCUUUGAUACUUUUCUGCCUAACUUGAACUUGCAGAUCACCUCUGAACAGGGUACCCUUGUCCCCACCCCAGGCCCUGUUACCCUGUCCCUGCCUCUUUCUCCUCUUUGCCCACUUCUCGCCUUGCGAUAAGCCCAGGGUCUGCAACCUCAUGGGCAGUGCUUGGAGCUGGUGUGGUGUGUGUGUGGUGUGUGUGUGUGUGUGUGUGUGUGUGUGUGUGUGUGUGUGUGUGUGUGACUGUGUGCAUGACUGUGUGCGUGUGUGUGCGUGUGUGUGUGUAUACAUGUGUUAGGGAAGGGCAGAUGAGAAGAUAGAUCUCUCUUCCUCUCCCGCUGUGGGGGGCUACUCCCUCCCCCUUAGCAGAGAGAAAAUGAGGGAGAUUCCAGGUGGUUUUUUUUUGUUGAUGUUAUUGUUGUUGUUUUUUUUAUUUUGUUGUUGUAGUUUUUGACCCUCCUUGGUUACCUUAUGGAUCUGGUGGCAGAGCCAUCUAAUCAUAGACAAGCCUUCAGUCCCCAGUGGAGGGGUGGCAGACUAGCUUCAUCGCACACAACGUCUCCUAGGACACGGCCUGCUGCCUGGUCCUUGUGUCGAGGAAUGUGUGCCUCAUAUAGGCUGUACAGGAGGCUUCUCACUUCCGUGUGUUACGUGGGCCUCAGCCAGAGUGGAAGAGUGGCUAGUCCAUGAGCUUGCUGUCCUUGUGUUCAUUUUCAUAGAACUUGGAGCUGAGCUAGGAUUCCUGAGCAAGACCCACGGCCUAAGGUUGCCCCAGCAGGGCCCUAACUGGAAUCUGAUGUUGGUUCCUGGCAGAAUUCCUGACAUUUGGAACUUUCCAGGUCCUAUCUCCACAUUUUCUCCUCUCUCCUCCCAAGCCUUGGCCACUGCCCUUGUAUUCCCUAACCCUUGUCCCCACCUGGUCACUUCCUGGAGCCACAGUACUGGAGUCGUCUUCAGCAGGCAGCCAGGAGACUGGGAAUGGGCAGGAGGGUAGGGAAACUUGUCUGAAGGAGAAGG